AUUUCUCUUCGUAUCGUCUGUCAAAUAAGAUGCCAACAGGCAACAGCCAAAUGGUUAUGAAUGUAAUUGUAAUGCUCAAAGAAUCGGGUGAUGUUAAUUUUUAAGUCACAAAUUUAAUUAUAUAUAGAUAAAUUUAAAGCAGUCGUAUAUUGUUAAACUUAUAAGUUUAUACUGAUAUCACCAUGGCUGAUAGCGACGACGAGUAUGACCGUAAGAGACGCGAUAAAUUCCGCGGUGAAAGAGGAGCAGCAGAAGGCAGCAGUUAUCGAAACAGCGAUAGACGAGAGGAACGAGGACGCGGUAGAGAGGAAUGGUCAGAAAGGUCUCGUGGAGGUAGAUCAGGACCCGACUACAGAGAUUAUAGAGGUGGAGCAAGUGCAAGUCGUGGGUAUUCUCCAGUUAGAGGUGAAGGGCCUCCUAGCAAACGAAUCAGACCAGACUGGCCAGUUGAUGAUAGAAGAUAUGGCGGUAUGCCUCAUGACUCAUAUGGCUCAUAUGGCUGGGCCCACGACCACUUUGGACCGCAUCCUGCUCAUCAAGGAUAUGGUCAACCAAUGCCUCCUGUACCAGCCAGAGAUGCUGUUCUGCCGAUGGGACCAACUGAUGGGCCUCCUUCAAUGAUGUCAUUCAAGGCUUUCCUGGCUGCUCAAGACGAUGCUAUCACCGUUGAUGACGCUAUACAGAAGUAUAAUGAAUACAAACUUGAAUUUAGGAGGCAGCAAUUAAAUGAAUUUUUUGUAGCACACAAAGAUGAGGAGUGGUUCAAGAUAAAAUACCAUCCAGAGGAAUCGGUGAAACGUAAAGAGGAGCAACUAGCUGCGCUUAAGAACCGACUUAACGUAUUUCUUGAGCUCCUGGAACAACGCGAAUUGGACAAAGUAUCAGUGGAUGUUGACAAGUCGGACAAGUUGAUACGUUUACUUGACACUGUUGUUAUUAAAUUAGAAGGCGGAACAGAGGAAGAUCUUAAAGCUCUCGACGAACCCAACCCAGCGGAAAAUGCAAAUGACAAACAAGAUAAGAAUGACACGAAUAAGGCAAUUGUGAUUGAAGACGAUGCGGUCAAAGAAAUUAAGGAUGAGAAAGACACCGAACAAAACAAGGAUAAGAUUAAUUCAACUGAGGAAAAAAAGGAAGAUUCUCCAAAAAAAACCGCACCCCUCACGAUGGAGAUCGAUCCUCACCUCCGUCAGCUACAAGAACAGGCCAAACUUUUUUCUCGUUACAACAGUGUGCCUGGAACGGAAUCGGAACAAGUUGUACCCGAGAAAGAACCUCCUCCGCCAGGUUCUUCGUCGAGCUCAUCAUCAUCGAGUUCAUCGUCAUCAAGUUCGGAAGACGAAGGGGAAACCGGAACGCGCAGGAAAUCAAAAUCCAAGUCUAAAUCCAAAACUCCCGACAAGUCGCCGAAACAAAAGGAACGGACCGAGUCACCGAGCGCAGAGAAAGUCGUCGAAAUAAAAGACAAGGAGGCGAGCAAUGACAAUAAUGAAACUUCCAUUGAUGUGACGGAGAAGAAAGAAUCCAGGGCUCUCCAUAAAACAACCUCCAUUUUCUUAAGAAAUCUAGCUCCAACGAUCACGAAGGCUGAAGUAGAAGCUAUGUGUAAACGUUACGGUGGGUUCCUGCGCGUGGCGCUAGCAGACCCACUGCCCGAAAGACGAUGGUUCCGCAGAGGUUGGGUCACGUUCCGACGAGAGGUCAACAUAAAGGACAUCUGCUGGAAUCUUAAUAAUAUAAGGCUUCGCGAGUGUGAGUUGGGUGCGAUAGUAAACCGCGAUCUUCAGCGUCGUAUCCGAGCUGUCUCCGGCGUCACUUUGGAGCGAGCGGUGUUGCGGGCUGACGCUAGACUCGCGGCUAGGCUCGCACACCAUCUAGACACUAGGUCUAGACUGUGGGACGGACCUGGUGAAGAUGGACCGCAGACUGAGAACUUCAGUUUGAGCUCCAAAAACCCGGUGCUACAUAAGAUAACGGAACAUCUCAUAGAAGAGGCUUCAACGGAGGAAGAAGAGUUGCUCGGUCUGGAGGCGUCGUCGGAGGCCGCGGCGCAUGAACAACCGGAUCCGGAACUCAUCAAAGUGUUGGACCGCCUAGUGUUGUACCUUCGUAUUGUACACUCUGUGGACUAUUACAAUCAUUGUGAAUAUCCAUACGAGGACGAGAUGCCAAACCGUUGUGGUAUUAUGCAUGCGCGCUCCGGACCUCCUCCUAACAAGCCCACUCAGCAGGAGAUCCAAGAUUAUAUUAAAACUUUCGAAGGUAAAAUGUCAGCUUUUCUGCAAGAUGUCAAACCGCUGACAGACGAAGAGCUGCAGAAACUAGGAAUUAAGGACUCCGAGGCAGAAGUAGAAAAGUUCAUUCAAGCGAACACUCAAGAGCUGUCUCAAGACAAAUGGUUGUGCCCACUCAGCGGUAAAAAGUUCAAGGGACCAGAUUUCAUAAGAAAGCAUAUCUUCAAUAAACACGCUGAAAAGGUGGAUGAGGUCCGCCGCGAGGUGUCUUACUUCAACGCGUACGUUAAAGACGUGCGACGUCCCCAACAACCCGAGCAACCGGCUCGCGCCGCGCCACAACCCGUGCACGCGCCGCCGGCACAUCCAUAUAGUGGAGCUGGUGGUGCAGGCGGUGGUCGCGGCUGGGGCUGGGGCGGCUGGGCACCACCCGCGCCUUACAUGCCCAGACACCCGCGGUUCUCGAGACCCAGGGAAAACGUGGACAGAUCCCGGCCAAUAAUUGCUUACAACGAUCUCGACUUCCCGGAUAGUGGUGACAUAUUCUAAGUACAUAACAUACCUUUUUCGUAUGUUAUGUUCGUACAGAGUUUGAAUAUGUUUAUUGUGAGGUAAUUUUGUCGUCGGUGUAUAACAUCUAUGGGUGUUUCAUACAUAAAUCUAUAAAGCAGGUCGAGUAUUUUAUGUAUGAUAUUGUAAAUCACUUAAACUAAAUUGUUACCUGCCUAUAUUAUAUUUAAAAAAUAUAUAUCCUUGAGUUCUGAUUCUACGAUCACAUAACUAUUGAAUAUUGGAGAAACUACAGUUUUAUAUAUUUUCGAAUAUUUUUAUUUUAUUAAUAAAAACAAUAUUUGCAAAUUAUAAUACUGAACCGUAUAUCAUUGUAUUUUUUUAUAUACAACCUUUUUUAUGUGAUCGAAGCUUCAAAUGUCAAGAAUUCAAACCAAUAUAUUUGUUAUAAUUUAAGUGAACUUCAAUAAAGUCCAAUAGAGAGUAUAA